CUCACGAAUCUGCAGUUGACACAAGAAGCUGGAGAGGGGUGCAUGCUGGUUCUUGUAGGGAUAUAUCAUUCUCUUAACUUUUUAAUUUAACGAAUUUACUGGUCUAAUAAAACUAAAUUUCCCGCAAUGCCUUGCGCCUUUAGCUUUUCCUGUACACCCUGCUCGGUAAGAUAGCGGGCAAUCGGUCGUCAAAACAAUCCUGGUCAUUUGGAGAAUUUAUGAAAAAUCUAAUAAAAGUCAUCAGGCUAAGGGAAUUCCUAUUUGAUUAAAAACAACUGACUCAAAGAAAAGACAAUGAUCCGCUUCAUCCUGAUUCAGAACCGAGCAGGGAAGACCCGACUGGCCAAGUGGUACAUGCAGUUUGAUGACGAUGAGAAACAGAAGCUGAUUGAGGAGGUGCACGCUGUGGUGACUGUCCGUGAUGCCAAGCACACUAACUUUGUGGAGUUCAGGAACUUCAAGAUCAUCUAUAGGCGCUAUGCUGGUCUGUACUUCUGUAUCUGUGUGGAUGUGACAGACAACAACCUGGCAUACCUGGAGGGCAUUCACAACUUUGUGGAGGUGUUGAAUGAGUAUUUCCACAAUGUGUGCGAGUUGGACCUGGUGUUCAACUUUUACAAGGUAAGAGUAAAAAAUGUUGAGAUGAAUUUUAAAACCACAAACUCUGUGCUAAGAGGAAAAACAGAAAGGAGAGGAAGAAACCCGGGGGAGGUGAAAAAAUACCAUUUUAAUUUAUUUUCUUUCGUUGCAAUGGGGGGGUGCUAUGGCAACGAGGAUGGGAUGCAUAAUUACAACAAUCAGUCAACUAGGCUCAUCCACAUCAAUUUGGUGGGGGUUGUUUUUCCCUCUGCCAGAAAUGUUAAGCAAUUAAGACUCCUCUGAUGACUGCCCUUUAAGCAGUUAUCGUGUCAAUUACGUAAGGCAUUUCUGAGUACUCGCCCACUCGCUGAACCUUAAAGAAGCGCAGCCCACGCUAAAAGUUGCUACGCUCUGUGAUGUCUUCGGAUUCACGAAUAAAACAGAAAGUGUCAGAAAGCGACAUGAUGGCAAACAGCUUGCCUCAACAUCAACCCCCUCUCUAUUAGAUCUAGUGCCACAGCAGCAAGGCCUACGCACUGUUAGAAAGGCUAAUUUACAUAAUGGGGUGGAGAUGAAUCUGCAGGAUCUAUACAGUUCUCCCAACACUUCCAUUUUUUAAAAACUUCUUAGGGAUUAAAUCCCAUUAACGGGAUCGAUUUGACAACAGCCAGUGAAAGUGCAGGGCGCCAAAUUCAAACAACAGAAAUCUCAUAAUUAAAAUUCCUCAAACAUACAAGUAUUAUACACCAUUCUAAAGAUAAACUUCUUGUUAAUCCAACCACAGUGUCCGAUUUCAAAAAGGCUUUACAGUGAAAGCAUACCAUGCGAUUUAUGUUAGGUCAGCACCUAGUCACAAAAAAACAUACAGCCAAAUUUCCAGCCAAAGAGAGGAGUCACAAAAAGCAGAAAUGGAGUAAAUGAAUCACUAACCUUUGAUGAUCUUCAUCAGAUGGCACUCAUAGGACUUCAUGUUUCACAAUACAUGUAGGUUUUUGUUUGAUAAAGUUCAUAUUUAUUUCCAAAAAUCUCAGUUUACAUUGGCGCGUUAUGUUCAGUAAUGUUUUGCUGCCAAAAGAUCCGGUGAUUUUGCAGAGAGCCACAUCAAUUUACAGAAAUACUCAUCAUAAACGUUGAUGAAAGAUACAAGUGUUAUGCAUAAAAUUAAAGAAACUACUCCUUAAUGCAACCGCUGUGUCAGAUUUCUAAAAAGCUUUACGGUGAAAGCACACCAUGCAAUAAUCUGAGUACAGCGCUCAGCCACCUAAACAAGCCAUGUUGCGGAGUCAGUAAAAGUCAGAAAUAGCGUUAUAAAUAUUCACUUACCUUUGAUCUUCAUCGGAAUGCACUCCCAGGAAUCCCAGUUCCACAAUAAAUGUUUGUUUUGUUCAAUAAAGUUAAUCUUUGUCCAAAUACCUCCUUUUUGUUUGCGUGUUUAGUUCACUAUUCCAAAUGCACAAGGCGCAUUUGUCUAAGUCCAGACAAAAAGUCAAAAAAGUUCCAUUACAGUUUGUAGAAACAUGUCAAACAAUGUAUAGAAUCAAUCUUUAGGAUGUUUUUAUCAUAAAUCUUCAAUAAUAUUCCAACCGGACAAUUCCUUCGUCUUUAAAAAUGAACGGAGCUCGUGCCCACGGCCGUGCGCGUGACUAAACUAAAGGCUUUCAGCCAGACCACUGGUUCAAACAGCUCUUAUUCACUCCCCUUUCACAAUAGAAGCCUGAAACAAUGUUCUAAAGACUGUUGACAUCUAGUGGAAGCGCAAUCUGACCAAAUUUACACUGUAUAUUGGAUAGGCAAUCACUUGAAAAACAACAAACCUCAAUUUCCCACUUCCUGGUUGGAUUUUUCUCAGGUUUUCGCCUGCCAUAUGAGUUCUGUUAUACUCGCAGACAUCAUUCAAACAGUUCUAGUAACUUCAGAGUGUUUUCUAUCCAAAUCUACUAAUAAUAUGCAUAUCUUAGCUUCUGGGCCUGAGUAGCAGGCAGUUUACUCUGGGCACGCUUUUCAUCCGAAUGUGAAAAUACUGCCCCCCAGCCCAAAGAGGUUAAAGCUGUGUGCGCACAGGGAUUUUGACCAGUGCAGUAGGCUGACCUCUGACCUAACCUGCCUCAACCUGUCCUGUGUGUUCUGUCCCAGGUGUACACGGUGGUGGACGAGAUGUUCCUGGCGGGGGAGAUCAGAGAGACAAGCCAGACCAAGGUCCUCAAGCAGCUGCUAAUGCUCCAGUCCCUCGAGUAGCCAUCUUGACCAGUCCAUCACCCACCCACCAUCAAUGUCACUCUGGAAAGGACCCCCUCUCAUUUGCCAUCCUCCACCCCUUACAGAAACCAGGGGCUUAUUCACGAGGGUGCAGUCACAGAACGUUCAGAUAGAAAUGCAUGGCGUAGAACAGACAUCGUUUUCGGGUCAUGCAGAAUCGGAAUCGAGUCGGCUCUACACAUUACAUUUCGAUCUGCAACAAUGAGAAAGUUUCAACCUCUUAUGUCCCAGAAAGGCUGUAUUUUGAUGCUGCAGAUACGGCUCUUAACCACCAGUUCAAGUAAAGUUAUCUGGAUGAGUAUAUUUGCAGCACUGAAAAUACAUGUUCUCUCUAUGCCCUGUCUCAAGCUGGAGGCUGCACUUAGAUUAAGGUUGCCAGUUAUUCACCUGUACAUCCCGCCAUCAAACCUAUACUAGUGGAGAGAGGAUGACAAGGAUUCACUGUUCUGGCAACCCCAUUGUCACUACAGUAGCUAUAUAAAAAAAUAAAAAAACAUCAGAAAACCCUUGUAAACUGCCUGUGAUAUCCCUGUCUUCUCUGCACCAUACGUCUUGUCUGGAAGAAUCACAGUUUGAGCUGAGGAGUGACUAAACCACCGCUACAAAUGCCCAUCGAAGCCAUUGACCUCUCGUGAUGGUUCACAGUUCAGUGGAGUGCACUUUCUAAGUGUGCUGUUGAGAGGUCUGGUAAUGGCAACCUGUGCAGGGUUGUAGCUACUCUGUGAUAUUAAAUAGGUUCUCCUGUCUUAAAUAACUGUCAGUAUCAUGUCAGGUUGUAUAUCAGACAAUGCGUCUCCACUCCACAUAUGGUGCUUGUUAGUCACAUCCAGAUAUGUUCAACUUUAAAUACACACAAAUACUUUAAGGGAAAUUAUACAGUGAUAUAUAUUUUAAGUAAAGCAGUACUGUGAAGUUUGUUUUGUAUGGUGUACAUAAAAACAGUAUCUUAUGUGUGAAACCAUUGGCCAUUCCCCAGCCUGUCUCGUUCUCACCGAGUGUUUUAAUACACAGAUCUGAAUUGGAGGAAAUUCCAUUAAUAUUCCCACGACAUAAAUGGGGUUUCCAACAACCAGAGGCCAAAUGAUAUGACCAAAACUCUAGAGGCACUUGUCUAGUAGGUCUGUGACAACACCGCCUUGUAACUCGUCUGUCAUUGUAACCAUGUCCAGUCUUGCACCUCCCGACAUGUCACAGGUUUCACAUGUUACUAUUAUGGUUUGUUAGUUUUUAUUUGGAUUUAGUGCGAUGUACUGCUUCCCCUCUCCACCUGUCUGAGAUGGUUGAAAGAUGUGUUGAGGUCUCCUGUUGCUAAACUACCCAGUCAGUGUGUGUAUAUAUAUAUAAAAAUCAAAGUACUAAAUAAAAUGUUAAAACCUG